CGGAUGUUGUUUUAGAAUGGGCUAAUGGCUGAAGUGAAUUUAGCUACAUUUGAAUGCUGUAUUAUCGUCUUAAGACGAAUUUCGUAGUUUUAACCACCUUUCCUGUCGAUGCACCGGUUUUAGACAUUUAACAUCAUCACUAAGUUUUACCAGAUCUGAAUGCCUGCCAUUCCCAUCCAGCCCAGUGCAAAGUGACACUAUGGAUGAGGACACACUGGAGGCAGCCAUCACUACCUAUGAAGCCCAGUUGCAGCAAGUGGAUGUCACCCUGGCAGCUGGCUUGGACCCCUCCCAGCAACAUGACCUUCUCAAACUCAGAGAGGACCUGUGUCAGCUGAUAGAACUCACAAAGGCCAGCUUGUUAUCUUUGAGAAAGAGUCAGCUUCUGGCCUCCCUGGAGGACAUCAAUGGAACGAAAGCGAAUACAACCGAGGCUCAUGCAAAGGGCGAUUUGGAUUCUGAGUUUUCUGCUUUCUACUCUGAGCUGGGGGAGUUUUCGGGGAGCAGAUCUGAUGCAAAUGAGCAAGAUCAGGAGAGUGAUGGGGAUGUAGAUGAAGAAUGUGAAGAAGAAGAAGAAGAAGAAGAAGAGGACACACUGAGUGGUACCAAAGUAAGAGCGCCAUACAGGACGUCAUGGGGGACACUGGAGUACCACAACGCCAUGGUGGUGGGGGCGGAAGCACCAGAUGGGGAUGAGGCUCAAGUUCGAGUUUUGUACAUUUACCCCACUCAGAAGUCCAUGAAGCCGUGUCCGUUCUAUUUGGAGGACAAAUGUCGCUUCCCGGAUAACUGCAGGUUCUCCCAUGGUGAGGUGGUGUGCGUGUCAGAGCUCAGAGACUUCCUGGAUUGUGACCUCAGUAACCUUGAGAAAGGCUCGUCCUGCUUGGCUCGGCACGAGGACGGCAUUUGGUACCCAGCCAAAAUUUCAGAUAUCGACAACGGUUUUUACACUGUCAAGUUUGACUCCCUGCUGCUGAAAGAGGCUGUCGUCGAGGCCGACUGCGUCAUUCCACCUUUGAGAGAAGAAGACCCGCUUUCCUCUGACUCUGACCAAGAUGGCACUGAUGAUGGGGUGGCUUUCGCUAAAGUUACGGACUCUGCAGAAGACCCGGCUACAAUAAAUACUUCCAUUUUUGGAGGUUGGGAGGCUCACACAAGAGGCAUCGGAUCCAAGCUAAUGCUAAAGAUGGGUUAUGAAUAUGGAAAAGGUUUAGGGAAAAUGCAGACAGGGCGAGUGGAACCCGUCAUGGCGGUGCUCCUCCCCAAAGACAAAUUACUGGACCAGUACGGCGAGCUCACUCAGCGACGCUCUCAUAGCAAACAGCAAAAAGACGGCACCGAUCAAAUGCGACGACCGAAACGACACCGGAAACCCAGAGCGACCAAUGGGGAGCGCCGCACCGUGUUUGACUUUCUAAACCACAAGCUCGGCGCCAAGAAACGAGACGCCGCCCAGGACGGGGCGGCAUCUACUGCGCUAAGUGGCGUUGAGGCCUACAACGGGGGCAAGAGCACCAAGCGAAGUCUCAACGUAAAACUGUUCCAGGCAGCCCAGAGGGUGGCGCAGACAGAACGGGAGAUCCAGAACCUGACCCAGUCACUCAGCAGGCAGACGGGAAGGGAUGCAAGCAGAGUGAAGCAACUGGAAGAGAAACUGUCGUCAGCUCGUCGGCUGCUGGUUCAGCAGAAGGCCCAGGAGACGUCCAUCCAGAAAGAACACAACAAAGCAGACACGCACAAGAAGAUGACCGAGUUCUAACCUUACUUUUCCUUUCAUGGCUCUACUGUUUCUUUUCUACUGUUUGCACAUUAGACCGUACACAUAAUGUUGUGCUUGUUUUCAGUUGGUAUGAUUUAGAAAAAAAAAAAAAAUCAUGUAUGUAUGAUGACGUUUUAUUUCUCCGCACUAAAAGCAGCAUUUUGAGACUGUUUAAGUGUUU